CUGUUGUUUGUUCGAUUUUAGCCAACAACAAAAACAACAACGGAACGAAUAAAAAAAUUCGUUGCAAUUCACAAUAUUAUUACCCCAAAAAAAAAAAAAAAAAAAAAAAAUUUCGUCGACUGUUGUUGUUGUAUAUCGUGAUGAUGGUUGAUGGACACCGAAAAGAAAAAAAAACCCGUUGAGUUUUAUUAUUUUUUUUCUUUUUAUCGGUUGUUGUAGAUGGUGGAUGUAUUUUUUGAACAAGUUUUUUUUUCAUUCUUUUUUUUCAUCAUUCUUCAUCUUGAUUGCUUCCUGAGUGUUGUGCGACUACCAGCCACCACAAAAUAAUAACAACAACAACCAGUCACAAAAUCUCAUCUUGACUCGAAUUUUUGUUUUAUUUGUUGUUGUUGUUUUUACUUGUAUUUAUCAUCAUCAUCAUCAUACAUCAUCAACAACAACAACAACAAAAAAUUUUUGUAAAUUUUCAACCAUAUCGAAUAUUUUGAUUUUAUUAUGACCAAUUCAUCAAUAGAAACUAUUUAAAAUUUGUUCAGCUCUCUUUAGUUAAUCUGGAAUCUGAUUAUGUAGAUUUGUCGUCGUGGUUGGUGGUUGUUGGUUCCGAAAAAAAAACAAAACAAAACAAGAAGUCCACUACUCUCGCUGCUUUUGGCCAGUUUGUAUGGACGUCGUCGUUGUUUAAUUUCAAAUUGUAAAACAGAACAACCAUAACAGCAGCGACGGCAGCAUUAGUAACAGCAGCUAUCGAUAUCAGCUUUUUGGCAAAGUGAACAUUAUUUGAAAAGUGUCGAAACAAAAUUUUUUUGUUUUGUUUUUGCUUCCACUUUUUUUUCAAAUUCUUUGAUCUAUCAUCAAAAUUUUCAAAUCAAAAUCAAUCAAAAUGGCCACAUUAACUAAUGGAAUGGAAGUUAAGAUACAAAGAACGAAUGGUAAAAUACAUGGUGCAAUUGUCAUGACAAUUAGUUAUGAAACAAAAACCGUUACAGUCGAAUGGGCCGAAGGUGAAGAGGUCAAAGGAAAAGAGAUUGAUCUUGAACAAAUAUAUCGCCUUAAUCCAAGCCUUGCAUUACCAACAACAAUGAAUAAUACAACAAUAAAUGGCAGCGGUAUUGCGGCUGCUUCUGCUGCUGGUGGUGGUGUCGGUGGCGGUGGCGGUGGACAACUUAAAAAGGUAACCGGAACACGUAAAUCAAAAAUUGAUCAUCAAUCACAUAGCAUGAAUCCAUCAAUGUUGCCUGUACGUACGGCAAACAUUGCCUCAUCACAUCAUCAUCAUAAUAAUAAUCAUCAUCCGGCAAAAGGUUCAUUACGUAUGCGACAACAAACAAAUCAUAGACAAACAAUUGCCAAUGGACAUCUACUUAAUAAUAAUCAUAUGGAUCCACCGCCCGCAACGGCGACAAUAUCCACAGCAUCAAAUAAUAUGACGAAUGGAUCGACAACAACAACAACAACAGCAGCAGCAGCAUCGAAUAAUAAUAAUGCAGCUUAUUCUCGUCGUCGUUCAAAUGCAGUGAAAGAAGUGGAAAAGAUUAAAAAACAACGUGAAGAACGACGUGCACGACAAGCUGAACAAAAAGCCGAAAAAAUUGAAUUAAUGAGUUCGGUUGAUCCAACUUCACAAUCACAAUGGGAAUUUUUGGCCAUGAUACGUGAUUAUCGUUCACAGAUGGAUUUCAAUCCAAUCACAAUGAAUGAUCAGGUGAAUGAUCAUCAGAUUUGUGUGGCUGUACGUAAAAGGCCGUUGAAUAAAAGGGAACAACUGCGUAAAGAUAUUGAUGUGAUAACCAUUUCGACCAAAGAUAUGGUCUUAGUCCAUGAACCGAAACAAAAAGUUGAUCUUACAAAAUAUUUAGAGAAUCAACGUUUCCGUUUUGAUUAUGCAUUUGAUGAAUCGGCCGAUAAUGAACUUGUUUAUAAAUAUACGGCCAAACCAUUAGUCAGAACCAUAUUCGAAGGUGGUAUGGCCACCUGUUUUGCAUAUGGACAAACCGGUAGUGGUAAAACACACACGAUGGGUGGUGAUUUUCAUGGUAAAACACAAGAUUCAUCGAAAGGAAUAUAUGCAUUGGCUGCACGUGAUGUAUUCAUACAACUUCGAUUGGCUAAAAUGCAAGGAGAAGAUUUGUUUGUAUGUGCCUCAUUUUUUGAAAUAUAUUCUGGCAAAGUAUUUGAUCUGCUCAAUGGAAAACAAAAGCUACGUGUGCUUGAAGAUGCUAAAGGUCAGGUACAAGUAGUUGGCCUUAGUGAACGACGUGUUGAUUCUACGGAAGAUGUAUUGAAACUAAUUCAAAUGGGCAAUAAUAUUCGAACAUCCGGUGUAACAUCGGCUAAUAAUCAUUCAUCACGUUCACAUGCCGUUUUUCAAUUGAUAUUGAAAAAAUCUCCAAAUAAACUUAAAGGAAAAUUCUCAUUAAUCGAUCUGGCUGGUAAUGAACGUGGUGCUGAUACAUCAUCAGCUAAUCGUCAAACACGAAUGGAAGGUGCUGAAAUUAAUAAAUCAUUAUUGGCAUUGAAAGAAUGUAUCCGUGCAUUGGGUAGACGUGGUGCUCAUCUACCUUUUCGUGCUAGUAAAUUAACACAAGUAUUACGUGAUUCAUUUAUUGGUGAAAAUUCUCGUACCUGUAUGAUUGCAAUGAUAUCGCCUGGAUUUCAAUCUUGUGAACAUACAUUGAAUACAUUACGUUAUGCUAAUCGUGUCAAAGAACUUGGAACGGAUGGUUCAGCCGAUGAAGGUAAUAAAGAAAUGGAUGGUGAAGAUGAUGUCGAUGUGGAUGAUGAUGAUGAUGCUAUGGCCAUCAAUGGUGAUGAUAUGGAAAUUUUACAAGCUGCUAGUUCUAAUGAUGAUCUUUAUAAAAUGCAUCAAGCGAUAUCACAUUUAACCGAAUCUGAAGAAGAAGUGCUUGAUAUGCAUAAAAAUAUUUGCGAGGAAAUGCAACGAUGGACCAAAGAACAUGAUCGUUUGAUUGAUCUAACAUCCGAAGUUGAUUAUAAUGUUGAUGUAUAUGUACAGAAUCUUGAAGAUUUAUUAGCCGUACAAAUGGAACAGAUUAAUAAACUACAAGAACGAUUAGGAAAUUUUAAAACACAACUACGUGAAGAGGAAUUGAUCUCGAAAAAAUUGGUCAGAUAAUUUUUUUUCCCAAUCAAUCAGGAAAAGUAAUUCGACCAAAAUUGAUUAUUAUCAACAAUUUAUUAUUAUUAUUAAAUUGUCAAUCAUCAUUCAGCUAAACUUCCAUCCAAGUUUCAAACAAAAAAAUUCUAUAAAUUCGUUGUUGCUGCUGCUACACUACUACCACCCUACAUAAUACAAAUUUUGGUCAUAUAUUGAGCGAGACCCACCUUGUCAUCGUCUUUCUUCCACCAGCAUUAACACUACCACCCACCCCCACAACAUCAACUAUUUGUGCAUAAUUUAUUCUUGAAAACAAAACAAAAAAUUGAUUUGGAUUUCUUCAAGUGUUUUUAUCUUCUCAAUGUAAAAUUGAUUCAAUUUUAUAACCAAAAAAAAAAAAAAAUGAUGAUUUCUACAAUGGUAAUUUUAUCCAAUGUGGUGAUUGUGGUGGUGAUAUGAUAAUAAUUUAUACGCGCCACGUUUAUAUAUAUGGCCUC